AACUGAGGUUCUGUGAGCCUCCCCUCCUGUUUGCAUGGGAAAUCUUGGCGGCAGACAGCUCCAUCUAGCCGUGCGCAAUAAUUGAAAUGGCGCAUAUGGCUGCGGGCAAAGGCUGUGAGGGCGCACAAUGAAUGCAUGUCCUUAGACGUCAUUUGCUUUUAAUGGCCUCCAGGAAAUUUGGCAUUACAAGGAAAGAGAGGGAGUGAGGAUUGAACACCACAAGGAUAUAGAUCUAGAAUUUUGUUUAGGCUAUAGAAGAAAAGAAUAUGCUUUUAUUGCCACUUUAUCAACUAGUUCAAAUGCGCCUCGUGCUUUAGAGAGACUAACUGAUUCGGAGAAGGAAAAUGUGUUGCCUCUGUGAAAGCGCCUGAGGGAAUAUUACAUCAGACGAAAUGACAGAGAUUAAAAUCAGCCUUUUCUGCUUCUCCAAAAGUCUCUGGAACGGCGUGAUGACACUUGCCUGAUGCGUAAACCGUUAUACGAUGAACUUUAAACCCUCACCGGCUAUUUUGUUUUUUACUUUGGCGGAAAAUACGAAAAGAGCACAACAGUAAAUGAUUACGAGUAAUCGAGGAGGGGAUAUCAGGUUUUCAUCAGUUCAGAUGAGUCUGGUCGGGCUUGAGUUAAUUGUCCUCUAAUCCUGUGGCCCCAGAGGCGUUUGCGCAGCCCGGAGCGAGAAUUCUUCUUUCGGCUGUGCUCUGUGAUUUACAGACGGAUUAUUGUCUUUCGUCUGGCCAUAAGCAAAGCAGCAGUUUCAUUUUGGCCAAAAAAGAAAGUCAAGAGGCUGAUAUACGCAGCAGAAUCUGAGUAUUAAGAAAUAAGAAGAUCUAGAGGGGGAAGGAGCGAUCUGGUCUCCCGGAGAAGGAAGGGAGAAGCAUGUCACGUCUGUCUCUGACCCGGUCUCCGGUCUCUCCUCUGGCCGCGCAGGGGAUUCCGCUCCCGGCACAGCUCACCAAAGCCAACGCGCCCGUUCACAUCGACGUGGGUGGACACAUGUACACCAGCAGCCUCGCGACCCUCACCAAAUACCCAGACUCACGGAUCAGCAGGCUGUUUAAUGGAACUGAACCGAUAGUUUUGGACAGUUUAAAGCAGCAUUAUUUCAUCGACAGGGACGGAGAAAUAUUCCGCUACAUCCUUGGUUUCCUGCGAACCUGCAAACUGCUCCUGCCGGAAGAUUUUAAGGACUUCCACCUCCUGUAUGAAGAAGCACGGUAUUACCAGCUGUCGCCCAUGAUCAAGGAGCUGGAACGGUGGAAACAGGAAAGAGAGCAGCGACGUCUGGCACAGCCCUGUGACUGCCUGGUCGUCCGCGUGACCCCUGACCUCGGUGAGAGGAUCGCACUCAGUGGGGAGAAAGUUCUAAUCGAGGAGAUCUUCCCCGAAACCGGUGAUGUCAUGUGUAACUCCGUCAACGCUGGCUGGAACCAAGAUCCAACCCACGUCAUCCGCUUUCCCCUGAACGGCUACUGCAGACUGAACUCUGUUCAGGUGCUGGAGCGUCUCUUCCAGAAAGGUUUCAAUGUGGCAGCAUCCUGUGGUGGCGGAGUUGACUCCUCCCAGUUCAGCGAAUACGUGCUGUGUCGUGAGGAUAGGCGGAGUCAGUCCAUGAACACGCCCAUUAGGAUAAAACAGGAGCCGCUGGACUAAAGGCACACGUCGAGGCCCUCGGCCCUUGACCGAACUACACAACACACUACACACACAGACAGACGUCCACAGACUCACAGCUCUACAGAGCUCAGCGUUUAUAAGGGGAAUGUAAUUUAUCACACACAAAAACCACAGCAGUUACAAACCCAAAGAACAUUAACAGGAACGACACUGGAGCAGCUCAGCGUUCCAACUUCCUGUGUUCUCUCCAAGCCACCAAUGAGAGGGCGCCUUCAGUUCAGAUGGGAUACAUGCCCCACCCUUCUCUCACUGCAGUGUGUAUCAGUAUGUUUUAUUGUGCUGUGAUGAUUUUAUGCGGUGUGCACCGUUUUAUCGGGUCACGCUUAUGGACGCCUUGUUCCUCUUUGUACACACGGAAUGGAUGAAAACGAUCUCUUGAACAACAACUGAGGCUGACAUCACUCUCAACAUUAGGGGUCUGGCGUAAACUUUUCUCACCAUGCGAUUGUUUUUAAUUUCGUCAUUGUUGUUUAUAAAGUACUUUUUAAUUUGUUUAUAGCACCAUGUUGUAUGCAGUUAUCACACUGCGAGAAAUCUUUUUUUUAGUCUGUUUUUUUGUCUUGUUUUCCAGUAAAAAUAUCUAAAUAUAAAACAAGAUAUAUUCACUUAAAGCAAAAAUGAGUAAUAAACAGAGUCAGAAAAUAACUUUUGUAUUUUUUUAUUUAGGGGCAAUAUUCGCCUCUGGAUUUGAUUUUAAGGGGCAUUUUACCUUUAUGAGGACAUAUUUUUCUAACCAUUUAAAACAUCCGUUGACUCAUCCGUUGACUAAUAUCAAUUAAUGAAUUCAUAUAAUAUUAAUCAAAUUAAUUCAUAUAAUAUUAAGAACAAUAUAAGAUGUUACAAAUACAAAACAGAAUAAUUAAUUACGAGGACAUUUUUUUUUGCCACCCACAUUUUGAAUUUCUGGGGAACUUUUAUCAUUUUUGGUGGCUUUUUGCCAUGAGCCCUCCUUAAAGGAACAGUUCACCCAAAUAUGAAAAUUCUCUCAUCAUUUAAUCCUCCUCAUGCCAUCCCAGAUGUGUAUGACUUUCUUUCUUCUGCUGAAAACAAAGAAGAUUUUCAGAAGAAUAUUUCAGCUCUUUAGGUCCAUACAACGCAAGUCAAUGGUGGCCAGACCUUUGAAGGCCCAAAAAGCACAUUAAGGCAGCAUAAAAGUAAUCCAUAAGACUCCAGUGGUUAAAUACAUAUCUUCAGAAGCGAUAUGAUAGAUGUGGGUGAGAAACAGAUCAAUAUUUAAGUCCUUUUUUACUAUAAAUUCUCAUCCCUGCCCAGUAUGUGGCGAUAUGCGCAAAACUCACACUAUUGGUUGAGCCAAUGUUGCUGCAUCGAUCUGGAAGGGCCACUCAAACAAACAGUUUUUAUAGCCACUUUUUGGUGAAAUCAACCUACGAAUGGCUUACUUAUAUUCGAUUCUGCAUAUUAAGCUGGGAUAGGAUAGGUAUUUUAACUUAGAAAAAAUGACAAACUUCAGCUUUAAAGAUGUUUAGAUAUAAUCACUGGAAAUCAAUACAAAAAUACUGAUUAAGAAAAUGAUUUUUUGCAGUGAUUAGUACUACGAUUCAGUUUUUUGUCUCUUUUUGUGCAUGUUUCAUGUGUUAUAUGAAGGAUGUUGGGAGUGGCAUUCUGAAGGCAUUAUAUUUGAGAGCUUCAGAGAGACUUUUCCUGGCAGGGUUUGCAGAAACACUAUUACGCCCUCGGGCUGUAUGGCGAAAGCAGUCUGGGCUUUAAUGCAUUUGCCGCUGAAGAAAGCUUCUUUGUUUAAAUGAGCUACAAGCAAACAUGGGUAUUUCUAAACCCUGUGUUCAAAAAUAGGUAACACUAAGAGAGAGACCAAGCAAGAACAUUGCCACACUUAAGCAUAUCAUUUAGUAUUUUAAAUGUUUAUAAGCUCUAUAAUGUUACUCAAUGCCAACAGAGAGACCCAUGUUGAAUCAAAAAAAUUUGAGUUGUGAGUGAAAAUACGCAAAGAACGAAAUUCAAAACCCUUCUGCGUAACUUGAGGCAAAAUAUUGAAAGAUGAAGACGUGAUUGUGUCUAGAUGAAAUACAUAUGAUUAAUAACAUACUUUUGCACUUAAAUACCGCUCAGACGCCAAGCUAGUAUGAAAAUAAGCAGCCAGUGUUUAAACAUUUAGUGGAAAUAGACUCAUGUCUGAGCUCACUGACAGAAUGAGGGUAGGCCUACUAACUGUGAUGCAUAAAUUUUUUAAACCAUCUUUGUGAAUGAAUAAUUAUUAGCCCAAUUUAUCAGAAUGGUUCAUCUCUCCGAUUGUUUGAAGCAGGUUGAAGUUGACAUUAUAAUGUUAGAUACUAAAAUGUGUGAGUAAAUGGUAGAUACAUCGUAAACAGGGUGCUGUCUGAUUUCACAAAACGGUUAUUUCAGAUUUAAGGUCAAAUGUGUGGUCUAUAAAAUGCGUGUGAAUACUUGUGCACUUGUCUUGAGUGAAAGUGAAAAUAAAGUACAACUCCCAGAGUUCUUACAAUCCUGGUCUCAAGACAAGUCGUAAUAAUAUUACGAGAUGGCAAAAUUGUAAGAAAUCAUGUGUUGGCUCGUACAAAAACUAAACGAACCAACAAACCAACAAGCAAGGUUUUUAGGUUAAUAAAGGAAUAUUCCGGGUUCAAUACAAGUUAAGCUCAAUCGACAGCAUUUGUGGCAUAAUAUUGAUUAUGACAAAAAUGUAUUUCGACCUUUUCUUAAAAAAAAAAGCAAAAUUCUGGGUUACACUUACAAUGGAAGUGAAUUGGGCCAAUCCAUAACGUGAAAAUACUCACUAAUUCAAAAGUAUAGCCACAAGAAGUACACAAAAUGAGUGUUGACAUGAUUUUAGUGUGAUAAAAUCGCUUACUAACCUUUUAACCUUAAACGACUUUAAAACUUACGAUUUAAACAACUUUACAGCUCAAAUAAUAUACGAUUUUUAACAGAAAAUAUAUAAGCUUAACAUUUCUGUCUUUAAGUCCUCCAAAACUUGGCCCAAUUCACUUCCAAUGUCUCACUGUAACCUUGAUUUUUGAAUUUUUUUUUUUUAAGAAACGGAGGGACAAAUUGAAAUUUUUUUUUUUUUUAUGGUAAUCAACAUUAUACCACAAAUGCUGACGAUUGAGCUUAACUUGUAUUGAACCUGGAAUAUUCCUUUAAGUUUAACCCCUUACCCUAACCCUAACAAACUUGUGUACCACGGAAGAAAGAAAACAAUGAUUUCGCCAUCUCAUACAAGUUAUUUUGCGAUGUCAUGAAGCUAUGUUAGUUCAUACACUAUACGUACAUUGGACGCCUUCUCCACUGCAUACACUCGAUGUAAUAUCUAUUUUUUAACGUGGUGCACAUCUGCUUUAUUUUUCCCAUUCGCCUAUGUUUUAUUUACAAACAUCAAUUGAUUGCGAUUAAUUUUACUUGUUGCUCUGCAACAUUGGUUGCUUCCAGUGUAGACAGUGUCGCACCAUGGCGUUGGUUGCCUUGAGUUAGGGGACUCAACUGUGGCCGUCGUUUCUUUGCCUCCAAAUUUCAUGACUGAUCAACAUCUCCAGAUCAAAGAUCAACAGAAGAAAGAAUAACCUCUUUCCAUUCUUUGUGUUCGUGUAACUCAGCAAUGCUGUUUCUUCUCGCCCAAAUGUGUUGAUCAAAAAGAUUAGGUCUCAUUCUUAUCCGUCUUGUUUAAACUCAAGAUGAUUAGAAAACAAUCCAGUAUUAGAGCUGAACACUUCAUGAACAUAAUGCCAUUUGCUUGGACUAAAUCAUGUGGUUUUCUUUGCUGACUGAUUAAAUGUCCACCGUUGAGGCAUCUCACCCCAUCCAGUAAGCACAACCAGACCCCCUAUAGGGAAGCCCACUCAAGCUUGGCUUUGUUCUAACCCACAGCGGCCCAGUUCUGUCAUCCAGCUACCACAAAGGGAAUAGCGAACCACUCCUUUCAUCUGCCAAAGGGUGAGUGAGAUAUCCCAACAUGCCUUCAACAGAAUCCUCAUACAUGCUCUCAAAACUACACAUUUAAAACCGCAAACACACACACACACACAAACAGCAAGCCACCGAACUGCUCAGAACAUCAAUGGACGUACUCAGAUGAUGGUAAAUCCCAACGUGGAUAAAGUUUGGGAGUUUUGAUAACAUUGUGUGACAACUGUGCACUGGCAUCAUGACCAUAUCUGAUGUAAGAUCAAAGUAAGAAUGCUUGCACAUUAGAGUUUAAGCUGCAAAUCUAUUGAUUCCAAUGGGGAUGGUGCGCAGAGGUAAAACGUAAAGGUUUGUGAAUGCAACGCUUUGUCAUAGGACCAAACUAAGAGAAAAUGUCAACUUUUUUAUGUAUACAUCCGUUGACCAAUGAGAAUUUUGCACAAGCCGGUCCAUUUGUGCUUUUCGAUGUGAAAAAUGUCAAUGAAGUGCAUUUGAAUGUUCUCAAGUGCAUCACCUAGUAGCAGAAGAAGCAAAAAUGGUCUUUACAUUGGAAUUAUUUCCAUAUCGUAGUAAUGCAUUUCACAUGUUGUAGAUUGGGCGAUGUCGUUGACCAACAUUUAAACAUCAUCAGUCCAAACCUCUGGAACCAUGUACAGUUAUUUGUAAAUUGAAACGGUCCGGAUGCAGAUUUCAAUUUGUAAACGGACCCUGAAAAAAUGAAAGAGAUGUUGACACUGCUUUAAUACUAGACUGAUAGAUUUCAAAAUUAGCAAAGCAAUAUGAUAUGUACAUACACAUAAAAAGAAGAGGAAACAUUUCAAAAUGUCUACCAAGAUGAAAAUUGUCAUUAUUUAAUGUAUUAAUAAUUAGACUGUGGUAUUAAAGGGCAUGUUUAUUUACA